AUGCUUCGUCGAAAGCCAACAGCUAUUGCUAUUACUUCUGAGGACAUUGCUGCCUUUGAAGAAGCUAGACUUCGCAAACUGUCUGAAGAAAACAAACACCCAGAACAGCACGCAAAGGCAACCUCCAAUGUCAACAUCGACCCCAGUGAUGAGCUGAAACCACUUCCAGGUGACAAGGCUAGGAUUGUCCGGACCCGUGAAGAAAGAAUAGGCAUUAGUCGACGUGGUUGA